GUUGCAGCGGCCCUAUCAUCAAACAACUGAAAGGCCCGUUGAAACUCUCCCAAGCUCCAACACAUCAGUCACGGUAAAAUCUGCCCCCUGACUCGUCCUCGGUCCCUACCGGCUCCCACAAGCAGAGCGCCGCUACAAUCACCCAGAAAUUCCAGCCGCCCGGAGAGGAGAUCUAUUUCGUCGCUGCUCCAGGUGAAGUUCAGAGAUGGGCAGUGGAAGGUCGUGAAGGGAAAUCUUGUCAUGGCCCGCGGAAGGAAGAGUGGUUCGUUGUUUAUGGUCGAGUUACCAUCUGAGGGAGUGACUGUCCCAGUUCAGAAGAGAAACAAAGUACGGUUCACAGAGUCUCGUGAGCAGAAUAAGGUUGUCUAUGCAAGAGAGAAACCUAGAGCCACAGGUCAGACUCAUGAUGAAAGAGCGAGGAAAGGUUCAAGGAGGCCAGUCAGAGGUAUUUGUGGCAGUGGGAGCUCAAGAGGCGCUUCAGCCAAGUUGCCUAGAAGACAGUGGGUCAAGAGAACCAGUAUUCCAGCUGUUAGAACAUCUCCAGAAAAUUUCUUGCUGAGUAUGGAGAGUGUUUGUUCUCAGGAUGUUCCAGGAUCCGGCAGUGUGCAUCUGCAGUGCGAGCCGGUAGGGACCGAGGACGAGUCAGGGGCAGAUUUUACCGUGACUGAUGUGUUGGAGCUUGGGAGAGCUUCAACGGGCCUUUCAGUUGUCUGAUGAUAGGGCCGCUGCAACAGGAGAGCUGAGGAAGAUUACUCGAUGUACAGGGAAUCGUGGUGGAUGGCAGUUGAUGAUUAUCAAGCCUCCAAGUGGGAGAAUGUUGGGUUUGUGGAGGCUUGGGCUUGUUU